AUGGAUGGGCCCGUCUCAAAAUUAUGCCACUUACUGUUGGCCUUCCUAAAUUUGCUAGCCCUGCUGGCGGGGGAUAGGCCCCCGCCAACCGUUUGCCCGCUCGACCCGCUCACCAAUCAUGCCAUCAACCCCACCACCAUCGGCAGCUCGAAAGCGGUGCUUGACCACUCGGAACAAGUUGCCCAGCCGGCCAGCGAUGCAAAUUCACAAGACAAGCGAGUGGAAGAAGCUGAUGGCCAUGAAAAAGACGAGUACAUGCGCAGCCCGUGCGACAUCAGCGAGAAGUUCAUCGUCAUCGAGCUGUGUGAGACCAUACAGCCCCAUACAAUCGAGCUCGGCAACUACGAGCUGUUCUCCUCGGGCCCGAAGGCCAUCCGCGUGUCAGCUGCUGAAAAGUUCCCGGCAAACGAGUGGUCGACGGUGUUGGAGGUCGAACUUCUAUCCCACUACGGCAAGGAACACUACUGCACCCUGACAAUGUUGCGCGUCCUCGGGAUGUCGAUUGUGGAGGAGUAUGAGGCCGAGGCUGAGAUCGCUGCAGGGCGCAUCGGCAGCGCUGCCAAUACGGCCACUGCUACACAACCAGUGCCGCCGGCCGUGGUGGAAGUGCAGAAGGAGAUCACGCAGAAGCCGCCCCAACCUCCCGCCCAGAUCCCACCGACGCCUGAACUGAUCAAGCCGAAGCUCGAUGACAGCACCAUUGAACUACCGAAGAAGUCUUCAUUGGCCGACCCAAGCAACGAGUCGCAGUUGACGCCAAGAAACCUGCUAAGGAAGAUUGUCAACGUCUGGUCGUUCGGCACGAAAAAGGAGAUCAAGUUCAACUCACCGGGCUGGUACUUCAUCUGCAACGUUUGCGCCGUCCAGAAGAAUCGAACCUUGUCGGCGCAUUCAAAGCGUUUUUGCGAGGUCGCUGGCUUGAUCAUCAAAACUCGGCCGGUUCCCAAGCCCGCGGUGCCCAACCGCAAGUUCCUGGACACACUCGGGACGCGCCGACGCUAUCGGCGGCUGCGGUUCUCCUUUCUGCAGCGCUUCUUCCUCACAUUGGCCCACGUAGCUCCGCCUCAGUUCGAGCAGACGCCGGCCAUUUCCGUGGAGACGACGCCGUCUUCGCAGGAGCCGAUCAAAGCCGUCGAGCAGGCCAAAGAAGCGCCGCCAGCUCCGGAACCGGCAACGGGAAUCCCGGAAAAGCCGAUGGAAAGCCCGCCACCACCACCGAAGCCCAUCGAGCUCAAGCAGGCCGAGAAGCCCGUCGCUGCUACCGGAGAUCAACCAGCGACUUCCUUCACGGCCUCUACCACUACGGCCCAAGUUACGACAGCCCCGAUCAAGGAGCCCGUCCCCGAGUCGCUGCCGGCUUCAUCGCUGACGCACAAAGAAUCCGUCUUCAUCAAGUUGAACAAGCGCAUCGCCGCGUUGGAGUUGAACAUGUCACUCUCAUCCGAAUAUCUCUCCGAACUCAGCCGGCAGUACGUGGCGCAGUCUGAAGCACAGGAGAAGAACAUUGUUCGGGCAAAGCGGAUUGCCGACGAGGCCGUAAUCAACGCCACCACGCACAUCAACAAGACCCUAAACGUUCAACUUGAGACGAUGCGCCGCGAGGUAGAUGAGCUGGCGAAAUUCCUGAAGACUGUGCGCCAGGAGAGCGCCCAUUUGCAAUUAAGGCUAGCCUAUCGCGGGUACAAGGAAGAAGCUGAAGACCAUUGCGACUCGGAGGAGGCGGAUGACGAUGAUGUGAUGCUCCAUGGCCAAUAUUACGACAUCGGAAGCCGUGAUGGGGUGUGGACGACAGAACAAGUCGUCUAUGUUGUCGUGGGCGUCCAGGUGCUGACCGUUUUCAUCGUGGCAGCGAUUCAGUGGUGCUUCCGGUCCCAAGCGGCUCCGAAAGUGCAACUGACCCUGGAUGACGUCAAUCGGAUAGUCGAGCUCAAGAUGCAAGAGUUGCAAGUUGAGGCCCUUAGAAAGACCCCGCCGCCAGCAUCCAACUCGUCGACAACGGCCGGCUCGGGCCCGACAACAUCGGCGAAGCGACGGCGACGUCGCAAGCGUAAAGAGCAUGGAGAGACGGACAGUGCCGUCGACUCCAGCUUGCCGACGGCUUCGAUGACGCACAGCGAUAUGGACGAGCGGGACAACGAUCUGACCGCCAUGCUGCCCGAGCUCGAAGCUGCCGCCCUCGACAACGCGCAUUGCCUAGAAUCUGUCAGCACGUCCCUGGUCGAGCCGCUGGCAUGC